CUACAGUCUACAGUGCAGUCGGGACAAUUACUGAAAGGACAUGGUCGGCAGAUACGGGGGAAUCUCUGUCUCGAGUCCGGCAAUCUAACGUUCUAGCCUCAACCGAAGAUGACUCGAUGUGAAGCUGCUCUACUCCGUGACUCUCGCGCCUGCACCGAGCCAUGUACUGGCCCUAUGGAGUCCCCCGGGUCUAUGCGAUCAAUGGCCCUGGAAUACCGGUUCUCACAUCUGACGACGACGAAUCCCUGAACUACGAUAGCCCUACGGCACAGGAGGAGGCGCUGAAAACUGAAAAUGCCCGUGACAAACCGGCCAUUGCGGAGACGGCGUGGGCUGACGAGCCUCUUGCCGGCCUUUGUGUCUCUCGCAGUGGUUAUAUGUUUGCGACGAUGACCAGUUCGUCGAUCGCUCUCUGGCAAACAAGACCUACCGCCGUUGUUGCUGCCGUUGCUCGGUCCGCCUCUUCGCUGGAGAACUAUGGUCCCAACGUGGCCCUUUUGAUGCAUCCCGACUCGAAUAUACUUGUUGCUCAGACGCUGAACGGAUAUCUUCUUACCUAUACCAUUGCUGUUAGCCCUAAUACCCGUGUAUAUCAACAGUUCUUUGAUCAAUCUACCUCGACUUCAACCCGCCGCCAGACGCUCGCUCGGUUAGCCGCGGAGGAAGAGGCCACUGGCGUUCGAGAUGUCAGCAUACGUUUCCGAAUGGCUAUCAAGAUAGAGUCGGGAAUCGCCAAGGCCCUCGCACUUGAUAAUGAGCUCGUUGUCGCAACUGUCAAACCUGCGGCCAUCCAAUGCAUUCGUUGGAACCCGGAUGCGGACGGCUCGCAAACAAAGUCAGAACUUCUUAGUCGGAUUCUGGGGGUUUCAAAGCGCACAUCAAUCACGGACAUGGUGUAUGAUCGUGCUAUCAACCUGCUGAUAUGGGUCACCAACGAGGGACAGGCGUAUGCCGUGCAGCGAGCCCCAGAGGACUCGGAUGACUCCAAGAAGUUGUUCCAAGGCCAUUGCUUCCAUGACCCCAAGAAUGAUGGCGAGAGAGCCGUCAAGGUAGUAGUUAAUGCACGAUUUUCUCUGCUCACAGUGAGCUGCGCCAACGGAGAGAUCCUAGUCUACACAGCCAAGGACUACCUGGGCAAUGUUCCUCUAUCGCACAAACUACAACUCCCGGCUUCGCCAACCACGACGGGCAGUGUUACAUUUAUGGGCUAUUCGCCAGACGGCUAUUGCCUGUUUGCUGGGUAUAAGCAUGGUUGGACAACAUGGAGCGUUUUUGGGAAGUCGGGAGAGAGUAGCUUUGCGGCGGACCGAUCUCUUGCUAACUCAAACGGCGAGAACUGGGUGACUGGAACUUCUCAUGGUUGUUGGAUCGGUGGAGGGUCAGAAAUCAUACUUACAGGCCAGAACGACCGUCGCUUGUGGAUUCUAGAGACAGCACGGAGCGCUUUGACAGGCUGUUAUUCGUCUGCGAACCUGGCUAGAGGUCUGCUGCAAACUGGAACCGAGGUUAUCCUCUACCGUGGCCAUGAUCUACCCGAUCUUAUGACCAUUUCGGGGAAGGACUCGCUGUGGCAUCAUGCUCAAUAUCCUCCGAGUUACCUUCACUCACAGUGGCCGAUUCGCUCUAGUGUUGUCUCACAGGAUGGGAGAUAUGUAGCUAUCGCGGGCAGACGAGGGCUUGCACACUACAGCGUCAACAGCGGACGUUGGAAAGUGUUCGAGGAUCCCAAGAUCGAGAAUUCCUUCGCGGUACGCGGGGGCAUGUUCUGGUACGGACACAUUCUGAUCGCCGCCAUUGACAAUGACGGAUCUUACGAGUUGCGGUUGUACUCGCGGGAAAUGCCUCUCAACAACCAAUCCAUCCUACACAUUGAAUACCUACCUUCGCCAGUAGUCUUUGUCGGAGCAUCAGGCGAGGACUCGCUGCUCGUUUAUACAUACGACAAUAUUCUUUAUCACUAUAUCAUCAAUUCAGCUCACUCCCGAAUAACGUUGGUGCCCGUUGGGCAGAUUGCAUUUCAUGGGAUUGUGCGCGCGCCAACCAGGGUCCGGGCAAUCAGUUGGAUUUUGCCCGAAGACCAAAUGCGGAACGGCGACCCUUCCCAGGAUGUCAAGGUGGCAUCUGUGCUUCUUUUGGUUGAUGGCAACUUGGUCCUGCUACAGCCAUCGUUCUCGGAGACUGGCGAUUUGAAAUACGACAUGCGGGUGGUAUCCCACGAUGUCGAAUACUAUAUCCUGAUGCGAGAUCAAUUAUCGUUCAACUUUGCGCCUGUCGACGAGUCCCUCCCGGCCAGUCCAUCGGCUGAAAUGGCCUUGAAUAUGUACCGCAGCGACUUGUCGUUGAGGGACUCGCUAUGGACGUUUUGUGGGAAAGAGCUCAUCGCCUGGGGAGAUGUGCAGGACGUUCUACAGCGGGAAGAGGCAUCCAAACCCCUGGAGGUACCCCUGGACUUUUAUCCGCUGUCUGUUCUCCUGAACAAGGGAAUCGUGCUUGGUGUGGAAGCCGAGAUGACCCAGCGACGCGAUGUCACCUUCUCCGUGCUGAAGUUCGCCAUUAGGACACACCUCUUCCUGCCGUACGUCCUUCAGCACAGUCUGACACAGCGCGACAUGCCUGCAGCGCUGUCGUUGUGCCAGCACUUCUCCCACCUAUCCUACUUUCCGCACGCCCUCGAGAUCCUCCUUCACCACGUCCUGGACGAUGAGGUCGACAACCAGAGCCGCGACAGCAAGGUCGACGACCCCUCCCUGAAACAAGAGCCACUGCUGCCGAUAGUCAUCUCCUUCCUACAAGCAUCCUUACCCACAAAGGUGUACCUGGACGUGGUGGUCCAAUGCACGCGCAAGACGGAGUUGCGCUCCUGGCGCACCUUGUUCACCUACCUCCCGUCGCCGAAGGACCUGUUCGAGCAAGCCCUCAAGCUCGGGUCCCUCAAGACCGCCGUUGGCUAUCUGCUGGUGCUGCAAGCCUUCGAGGAUGAUGCGGACGACCACGACGCUCCGAUCGAGGACUACGUGGUCCGGCUCAUGUACCUGGCCUCGAAGAAGAACGACUGGGACCUGUGCGCGGAGCUGGCGAGAUUCCUGAUCGCCCUGGACGAGACGGGGGAGAUGUUACAGCGGGCGGUGACCCGCGCGGGGCUGACUGAUGGAGGGCUCCAGCUGCCCGGGGCGGGAAUGGGGAUGAACGGGUCCAGCACGAGUGUGAAGGGGCUGGGACUGGCGAUGCGGACGCCGUCGUGGUCCUCGCUAUCGCCGACGUCGCCGCUGUCCCCGCGGCCUCCCGAACUGGAGUGAUCACAUCCGGUGUAAAGUUAGAAUCACGGAGAAUAUGUAUAUACGAGCCCUUCCCCCUCUCUCAAUCCCAUGAAUAUCAAACCCCAAGAACAGAG